AUGGAUAGAUUUAUCAAUUAACCUGGAGAGAACGUAUAAUGUAGUGUAAUUAGUAAUAUAAGAUUCUUGAGGGAUCAGGAAACUCUAGAAGUUUUGGAGAGUAGAAAGUUAAAUUUGGAUGUGAAUGAGAGUCUGGGAAUUUCGCAUUCUUAUGAUGAAGAUGAUACAUUAGAAAUCUACAUAACGAAUGGAACUGAUAAAGUGUUGAUUCUAGACUCGGAAUUACUUUUGAAAUAGAUAAUUUAAGUGCAAUUUAAUAAUGGUUCUUCAGUAGGAAGAUUAAGUGAGAUUGAAUUUGUCAAUGGAAUUUUAUAUGCAAGUACAAAUUUGAAUCCGAUCAUUUUGGCAAUUAAUCUAACAGAUGGCUAUGUGAAAAAUUAUUAUGAUUUUUCUUAACUAAUAGAUUUUUCAUCUGAUAUGGAUUUGAGUAAUUGUAUUUGUGGGAUCGCGUACAAAUCUGAGUAAGAUAUGUAAAUUUUAAUUUCAAUUAUCUAUAGAUUUUGGAUAACUGGAAAGAAUUGGCCUUUUUUUUGGGAAGUCGAAUUAAAUUGA